AUCAAGGGAAGAUUAAAUAGGCAAGAUGACUUACUUAAAACGAAGCGAAAUUUGAAAUCUAUGGAAUGAAUAGAUAUUUGUUACCGUUCUGACCUUCACUAUAGUCAACGCAGCCACGGAUGAUUAAUAUUGUUGUUUAGUGUGACGUAUUUUUGAUCAUCUUCUUAGCUUCUUUCAUGAUACUUAACUCUGUAAAUAAAAGUGGAAAUCCAGGCAAAUCAAACCUCUCUCAACACCAAACAGCCUAACUUCGUACCGUAUAUGAAGAAGUCGGAGAAAUCAAGCAUUGUUUCGACCAUAUCUCAAAAAAGGCUGAAAGAGAUUCAGGGAUAUCUUAUACGCCAAAAUGGUAUCAAACAGGAAACCCACGUAAAUGGGCGUGCCUUGGGAUCAUUAGGGCGGAAGCCGAAAAUCUCGGAAAAUGAAACCAUAAAUUCUGUAUUAAAAGAUGUCAUCGAUUUGAACAGUACCGAACGUACGGAACCAUCUUCAGUGAAAUCUCUCUCCUCAGUAUAUCUAGAUGUGAAACCAAAGCUUGAUGCCGAUGUAUCACAGGAUACAACACAACAGGUAUAUAAAUCAUUUUUUUCCGCUAACUUUAAGAGCUUGGUUCGCGUCUCCCAGAAUGCUUCUAAAAUUUCUGUAGAUUCCCAGAUGUCUGAUCCAAGUGAAAAGCAAAACCAUUCGUAUAUGCCAGCCUCAGACGAAAAUAAACAUCAACGGAACAAAAAUGUCGCUAACUCGCCAACUUCAACAAAUCACGACCGAUGGAGUACACAACCUAGUUGCUUAAAUAAACACAACUUUCAGGAACAAGAAGCUUCAAAUGUCCUUUUAAAUACUGAAAUCAAUUUCCUAACCAGUAAAUUUAAUCCAGAGUCGUCAGAAAAACUGUAUAGUCCCGACACAAUUUGUGCGAACCAGAUAGGUACUGUCCCUGCUCUUACUCCCAUGGCUUUUGGUUCCGGACAAGACGCCCAUUUGUUAAAACAGGAAGAAAAACGUCUACAGUGGAAGGCUGCAUUAGAUGAACAGCUUAAAGAACAACAGACGCGAGGCAAAACUCUUCAAGAGGUACAAAAUGAGGGUGGGUUCAAUAAGAUUCAGUCAGGAUCUCUUUUUAAUGAUCGGAGACAUUGCGACAGCUCAGUUCCCUUUUCUGAGUCAAGCACAUCAAAUCCUUGUAACAGCGCAUUGGUCUCACAUCCUUCGGCCAGUCAUUUUAUGUCAUCAAGUUUCUUUCUACCUGAUUCAACUGUCAUCAAUAAUUCUCAUUCAUCAUCUGGAACAAAAGAUGCUAUUAAUCAACCCUGGAAACUUGGUUUUAAUCGUGUUCGAGGUUUCACUCAACAACUGUAUACAGAUUUGGCGGAAUCCGCUGAACGUGCUCGGCUUGCUCAUGAAGCUAGAUUGAUAAAUUUGAAACAGAUUGAAGAAAAACGUCGUCAAAAAGAGCAAGAAAAGGCAAAACUCCUUAUGGAAGAGAAAAUGGAAGAAGAACGUAUCGCACGUGAACGCCUUCGAUUACAACAAAUGGCUGAGGCUGAGAAUGCUCGAAAAAGGGCAAAAGAUAUAGAAGAGUUUCAGCGUACACAAUACUUAUAUGAGUCACUUGUUCGUGCUCAAGAAGAAGCAAAGCGAAAUAAGAUUCGAAAACAUCCAUGUUAUUCUGAAUUAAAGCAAAACAAUGAUUCAGUAAGCCGAAAAACAGUCAUACAGUCUGAAUUACAUGUACCUUAUUGGCCAGUCGCAUCUGUUGUCGAAAAUUUGAAUCAAAAUAAUCCAUUGUAUACUUUUCAAUCUUCAUCCGGUUGUGAUGUGCCAGAUUCAAUUGUAUGUCCUAAAAAUUCUUUGGCUGUCCAAGUCUCAUUUCCUGAAGAUGUUGGUAUUCAAACAGAAAACUUUGAAUGCACCAAUUCGAGAGACAAGCCAGUCUUGAAUGAUGCAGAUUCACAAAAUCGAAAUAUGAACACUGUUGCAUACAAACUUACACACAGUGACAACAAAUCAAUAAAAAAUAAUCCUAGCAAAAUGUCUCAAUCUGUGCUGGGUGAGCAGAAACAACAUCCUCGAAAAAAUUGUUCAACUUCAAAUUGCAAACCUACAAAUAAUAAUUCUAUUCAUAGUAAAACGAAAGUUUCACAAACACAUAAAGCUAAGGAAUCUUCAAAAUGUCAAUCACUUAACUCUGAUGCACUUUGUGAUAAUAAUUUUUCUAAAUCAACUAAUGAACAAUCGAAAUUAUCAAUCAGUAAUGGUGCGAAAACAUUUAAUUUCCAUGCCGAUACAAAUGACUUCCAAAGAUCUGUUCAUGAUGGAAGUAGUAGUAUAAAAUCACGUAUUCCUAUACCGGUAUCUACAGCUUACCGUAUGCCAGCAGUUUCAUUGCCAAAACACCAAAGUUCCACUGCCAAUAUAGAAUCUCAAGAUAAUGCUACAUUUUCUAAUAUUGAAAAUCCCUAUGUACCUAUGAAUUUUAUUCGUACUUAUGAUGUACUAAAUCCGAUUGAUGAAAAUGUAAUAAUGCCUGUCAGUCACGAACCUGCUAGUAUUCUUGGGAAUACUAGGAAAUUAGACGACGAAGAUUCACUUUUGAAUCGCAAUACAAAACACGAGCGUUUGAUUACUCAACAAGAUGCUAUUUUACAACAGUUAUCACAAAUUCGUAAGGGGUUACAACUACGUCAAGUGUUUUAUCAAUCAGGUGCUUAUGAAGAUGAUUUUAAUGAUUGAAUAGCAGAUGCAAUGCAUGUGUUUUAUUAGUACGGUGAAAUUGUUCAUAACAAUCAAACAACAUAUCAUUUUUACAUAAGACCAAAAAAAAAUAUAAUUAUUUUUAUCUUUAUAUUUUUUUGUAUUAUGUAGAUUUUCUGUAAUAAUUUGUAUCAUUAAUUUUCUCUUUGCUCAGUAUGAUGAUUAUUAUUCUUCUUGUGGAGGAGGAGGAGGAAGAGGAGUACAAUGGUAGAAAUAAACAUAUCAUCAUCAUUAUCAUCAUCAUUAUGAUUAAUUUUUUUUUCUAACAUUCAGUUCCUUGUUCAUUCAUUUUCCUAUUAUACUUACUUCCGGAGUAACGUCUAAUGGUGUCAUUUUAGAAAACAUUUGAUUGGUAUAUAUAUGGCAUUUACCGACUUAUUGAUACUGGUGUGGACUUGGCAUUGAAAGUAUUCUCAUUCAGACAAUAUAGGACAACAGAAUUUUUGUUGAUACAAAUAAACUUCUUUUAUUUAUUUAUUUUGUUUUCUGAACCAUUGUAGUUUGAUUUUGUGCAUUUAAGAUUUCGAAUAAUAUUAUAUAUAUUUUGAAAAAAAUAUAAAUUUAUUAACAAAAAUA